AUGGACAUACACAAGGACACAAUACACAGCAUUGAAGCCGACUUUAGCCAAAGACGAAUAGUGACCGCAUCAUCAGAUGGUCUAAUUCGUGUGUUUUCAAAUGGCCAGAUCGAUGCAUCGGACAGUCUGGCUCUUGAUUCAGAACUCAACGCAAGCCUGGGCCCUGCUACGAAGGCAAUCUUUCUAGGCAAUGGAGAGUUAAUAGUAUCUGCAUACUUCUGUGGAAUGGUGAUUGUUUGGAAGUCUGAGGGAGGAAGGUUUGUGAAAAAACUCGAGAAGCAGCUUUUUGAGGGAUCUGUAAACGAUUUGGAUGCAAGCUGUGUAGAUGGGACAUUUGUAUUAUACUGUGCAUGUUCAGAUGGUAAUGUGAGGAUUAUGAAGAUUGGUAACACACUCGGCAGUGCUGAUGUGGAAGAGGUGCUCUGCCACAGGUUCGGAGUUUCGUCCAUCAGUGCAACAGAGAAUGGGUUUGUGAGUGGUGGAAUGGAUUACUCAGUGGCUAUUUGGGAAAAUGGCAAGGAAGUGGCAAGAAUGAGGGAUCACAAGGCAUUUGUAAGGGAUGUGGCUGUGUGUCCAACAAAUGCAUUUAAGAUAUUCUGCAUGGCCAGCUGCUCAGAAGACGGAAAUGUGAUUAUCUACACUAAUAAGCAAGGUGGAUAUGCCACGCAAACAAUAAACCUGAAUGAGCCAUGCUAUAGUCUUUCUUGGGGUUCAUCUGGAUUUAGUUUGAGCGUGGGAUAUGGAGAUUCAAAGUUCAAGUGUUUUGUUCCUGAUGCAAGUGGAGCAUUCAAGGAGGUUGGGCUACGAAGAGUUGAGGAGUAA